AUGGAUAGGUCGUACGAUUUCAAACGCCGUGCCACGCACUGGCAGAUGAUGAUGCGAGAAGCAACGAGCGAUUCCCAGGCCGCAUCUCCAGAACAUCACACAGUCGAUAGAUUCUCGGUAAUAUCUGCAGACGUGUUUGCGCAGCUCAGGACGCUGAGGGAGAUUAUAUCACCCUACGCCGUGUUGGCCCACACUGGCCACGGGUCGAAAGAGUCGAUCGGCGGCCACGUGAAAAUACCCAUCUUGGCUAACACUAUGGGGUACAUCCAUGCCAAACGCGCAUUGUUUGAGCAAACAGACAUCAAAGACAUCGUGCACGACACUAGACAUGCCGGAGAUCUCAUAAAACAAAUGACCACCAGCAUCGAGGAGGAACUGAAACGCAUGAGACGUGGCACCAUUUCGAGGCAACUACAGGAACACCGGCUCGGCGUGAUAGCUUGCCUCCAGCAUAGCCUCAAGGCGGUGGAGUCGGCUGUAGAGGAGUACGAGCGCUAUCGCCUCAAAGUAGAAACGAACGUCACUGCUUCACUGCGGCUGAUGACGGAAAACCAGGUCAAGGAGUACCGCAUGCGCAAGGGGUAUGGACUGGACGGGAAUGCCGAAAAGCAAAUUAUCGCACAGGAUUACCUGAAGUUAUUCAUGGAGGAUUCUAACCGCAGUGACACACUGGCAAAGGGUGAUGGGUCAUCAGUAGCGCAAAGCGGCGAUUCCAUAGCCGCCUCAACCUUCUCUUCACCUGUACUUGGCCCAUCGGUGCAGCCUGGAACAACGAUGCCGGUGUUGCGGCGCCAGCAGUCGGUGCAGAUGCCGCAUAUGCCCGCAUACAUGGAUUACGUGGACGCGCCACAGGAGCAGAACACGCAGUUGCUACAGAUGCAGCAUAAAAACUUGGUAGCGCAAGUGCAGCAGUCAGUACAGGCUAACGAACUCAACACCAUCAAUGGAGUUCAACAGAGGUUGGCUGAGAUCUCGUCUAUGUUCGAACAGUUCAGCGGCACGCUCGCAGUACAGCUCGACAUGUUCGAGAGCAUCAACGCCAACGUGCUUGAGUCAUUGAGCAACAUAGAAACUACGGAAACGUCGCUGAAAAAAGCGGAGACGGAGGGUAUGCCAUACUACCAGCUCAUGAUGUGUUACGCCUUCAUCGGCUCAGCGCUGUUCCUCCUAUUGGUGGACUACCUCAAGAGCUCAAGGGGAAGCUACUUGUUCUAG